CGACUAACGUUGCCGAGGCUGCGAAAGGUCGCGCAGGAUGGAGGCCAACCGCCGGUCCUUCGACCACCCUCCUGACGUCCGCCGCAGCACGAGCGUCAAGCCGACCGCCAAGGCCGCGCUGCCCCACCGAUUCCGCUCCGCGCUGAGCAUGGCGGCCAUGCACAGCGACGAGGACGAGCUCGCCAAGCACAUCAAGCCAGGCCUGUACUUUUACAAGUUUCUGCAGCCUGUGGGGGGCCGGCGCCUCGAGCUCAACAUCCCCGACACAGUCCUCUGCGAGAGCAGCGAGAGCAGCAAGGAAGACGUACUGUGGCUCGUGACCGACGCGUCCGGUCACAUUGGCUGCGUCGACCGCCCGAUGAACUGGAAGCGCAAGUUCAUCGCCGACAUCACCAUGCCAACGUCGACACCUGUUGUGGUCGACCCAAGCGACUACCACGCCCACUACAUCCCCAAGCCGACGAGCGAAGACGUCCUUGCCGUGCGCAAGAUGUGCAGCACCAAGCCGUACUCGCCUCCGUCAACGACGACGAUUGCCAUCCCCAAGCGCCACCUGGACCGCAUUCUGCAGAGCGACACCAAGAAGCUCGGGUUCGCCGUGCAAAAGUACAUUCGAUGUCGAGGCAUCAACGCAGCCUUUUACCGCGCUGUGUGGGUGCACGGCAGCCAGAAUCCGUACGCUCUCUACAUCCUCAACAACAAGAAAUUUUCCGACUAUGCCCGGCCGUCGGCCGAGAAAGCGCAUGAGCUCGAGGUGUACGACACGUCGCUCGAGGUCGCGACCGAAGUCGCCAAGUUUUACUGUGCAUCCAGCACCGCACUCGAGCCGAGCGAGAUGAACGGCGGUGCACCCUUUGUACCGGACCUCCACGCCUCCAAGCUACGAGGUCCACCGAUUCAACCGGCGCUCGACGCCGUCGCCCGCAUCGUGCAGCACGUCCAGCACCAUAUCCCAUGUGUCAUUUUUGACGAAAUGACGGUCGAUUUUAUCAAGGACAUUGACGGAAAGUGGUGGUUUCUCCAAGUCCAAUCUUUCCACUACAAGCUCCGGACGGCGACGCCGCCGGACGUCAGCGACGUCUACGAGUCGCUCGUGUCGAUUCCCAAGCGUCUCUCGCUGCGCACGAAGGAAGCGUGCGCCAAGGCACCCAAGGCCGUCGUGUCGUUGCCGCCCUCGAUGCUCUGCUUUCUCUGCCACGAAAGCUUGGCGCUUUCGCUCAACGACGUCGCGUCAUUGGGCUUGGUGCUGGACGACGACGACCAUAUGAAGCUGGCGACCAACGUUUCGGGCUACAUCAUGACGUUCAAGAUGGUGCUCGACACGAUCUGCGGCUUGCGCCAGCGCGGCGUCUACAUGCACGUAUGGGAAGCGAGCGUCGCGCUCCAGCGCGGCCUGAACCAGCAGCUCGUGCUUUCCAACGAGUGCCGCGUCUGCUUUGUGUGCUAUCAGAUCUACAAGCAUCAAGUGCGCGUGACGACAACGGCCAAGACGAUUCAUGCGUUCUUCCACGCCGACCCGACGCACCCGCCGCUGACCGUCGUCCGCAUUGAUGGCAUCCUCGCUCGCAUCCUCGAGGCCCGGGCCGAGCACGACGUGCGCGACUUUACCUACGCCGAGCAAGCACUGGCCAAGACACGUUUGAGCGCUCUUCGCGGAACCGACGUCGACCCGAGCUGCGACCAUUUUUGCGACGUCGCGCUGCGCACCGCGGUCGCCACCGACUAUGUGCUCGAGUACCAGCUCGGCCAGUCGUUCUGCACAUUAUCGUUUGAUGGCCCCAAGUUUCACUCGAUCCACCGCUGGCAACUCUGCGAAGCGAGAUUGCACUAUGUGCUGGCAGCGCCCGAGGCGUUUACCGAGUACUGCGUCGAGAGCAAAAUUCACGUGAAACUCAAAACCCGCGACGGCGCCUUUGCCGGCCACGCGUUCGUAUCGCUCAAGCCGCUCUUGCUGGCGGCGCGCGCGGCCAUGACGUCCGACGAAGCCAACGGUGACGAGACCGUCAACCCACGUCGACCCAGUGCGUUCCCGCGCAACUGUUCGUGCGACGUGCUCGUACCGCUCAAGACCCACGACUUGGGCUUGCUCAAACUCAAAGUGACACUGGGUUUGAUUGCCUCGCAGGACGACUUCGCCAACUACCGCAGCGCACUCGAAGACCUCGAUUUCAUCCAAGAGAGCAACGUGUACUGGCCCCAAGUGUCGUAUUUCAAGCCGAGCGUUGUGCUUCCGAUCGAGUGGAUGACGCUCCUCACGUCGUCAGAGUAUGUGAGUCAUGCGUCCGACCUUUCCCCGUCGAUCGAUGAAAGCGUCGCGCUCAACAUCCUCACGUUGCCGCACGCACCGCCGUCGCCCAAGGAAGAGAAAAAGACCGCCGAGAAGAUCCGCAACCACGACCGCGACAUGCAGCCGCCCCUCGCGACGGUCCGGCACGUGGUUUUCCGGCUCGCUGGCAACGUCGAGACCUUCCCAGCACUCCUGCUGGGGCAUCUACUGCGCUCGGUGAGCUUUGGCAAGCUCACGGGCGCCAAGCCCCGGGCCGCACCGUGGCGAUCGCCUGCCACGCUGCGUCUAACGGCCCACCACACGCUCGACACCAUCUUUGCGGGCCUCGUCAAGGCCAAGCCGUCGCGGCUCGAGCCGAUCGCGGUCUUUGGCGAGCUCAUUCUGCUCCUGCUCGCGUCGAAGCGAAUUCCGCGCGUCUUGAGCUUGAAAGCACUCGAAGCGACGUUCUCACCGUACUGGCUCCAGCGCACGCCGUGCGUCACGGACCCGCUUCCGUCGCACGCCGACGACGCGGUCUUGCUCUCGAAGCGCGUGCUUUGGAACCGCGCGGUGCGGCGCUGCCAGCUCGCAGGCUUUGGCAACCCGUCCAAUGCGUUUGUGGCGCGGCUCGAGUGGCCUGGACACAUUCCGCCAACGCAAGUGCUGCACCGACAACGAAGCCUCCGCACGCGGCUGCGACUACUGGCGUACGCCCAGAUGUUUGAGCUCGUCGAGAGCAACGACUCGGGCUACCUGGACAUAGGCGAGUUUCGCUGUUUGCCACAGAGCAUGGGCAGUCACUCGCGGCUGCUCAAGAAACGCCGGUGCACGCGCACGAUGGUCGACUUUGUCCAAGUGGCACCCGGCGACGUCGUCGGAUCCACAAGUCCCGUUGAGCGCCGAUCGAGUGCCAAGCUUCCGGACACGGAGCUCCAGAACGCCAGUCAGCCGCUGGCGUCCAUGGCCCUCCUGCAGGCGUGGGACGACCGUCUCUUCUCGAGCGUCAUCACAGCGUUCGAAUCCAUGCUCGCGUCCCUCGUCCAGAGCGCACAGUUUCAAGCCGCGUUCGCCCACUUUGAUGAGUUUGGCUCGGGCGGCUACGCCUACCACGAUUUCUGGCUCAUGGCCGAGAACGCGCUGCAAGACGGCGACCGGCAGCGCAUCGAUGGGUUUUGCCUCCGACAUGGACCGACAGAGAUGUACGCCAACGACUUUGUGUGCGUUCACUGCGACUUUGACUACUUGGACCCUUUCUUUCUCGAGGCGGCCAGUGGGCCCGCGGAUGUACCCGUGGCCGAGACCCAUGACGAAGACGGUGGCAAUGACGAGGACGAUGCACCGGCCGUGCCCCGGCUUCGCUCGCUGCGGUUCAACCCGAGUGACUUUUGUAGCCAAAUCAUGCUCGAAGCCGCGCCAGACGAACCAACGCCCACCGAUUCGUUCGGCAACACACGGUGGACCUCGGGUCGCUUUCGGCGACGCGCGUUCGUCAUCGCAAAUCGUCGUCCCGACGUCUCUCAACAGACACAACAGACGUGGCGGAGAUCGAUGCACUUGCCUUGUUGCCACCACCGCAGGCAACCGAGGUGGACCCGGCAACCGACGACUUUCUCAACGACGACGACGACGACGACGACUCGUCGUUGGCGUCUGUAGCGGCAGUCGUACCGCAAGACGACGAGGAAGACGACGACCAGACCGGCGCGCUGUCCUACUUCAAGCACGUCGAGAGCAAUUUCAUCACGAAAGCCUUUGAGGACAAGGUCGAACACCGGAUCGCGCACACGUACGCGCCGAUCCAGAGCGCCGCGACGCUCGACCACGUCACCCGCGAUGAGGUUGCGCUGCACGAGAUGCUCGAGCGUCUCGAGGCGGCCGAGAAGGACCUGCACGAGACGCCCCGCAAGCAGCAGCCACUCUCGCCCAAGCCACGGCGUCACUUGCACAAGAGCGCGAGUGCCCCCGACACGAGCAACCAACAAGCGUGCGCCUCGAUCGAUCCCGCCAAGAGGACAAAACUCGAUGCCAAGACUCAAGCCCGACUGCUCGAGCGGCUCUACAAACCGCCCAAGAAGCCCAUGCAACGCAGCGCGUCGUACGCGCAUCUGCUGCAAAAGGAGAUGGCGCGGACGGGCAAGACGGGCGUUUUCCGGAGCAUCGCGCGCAUGGAAGCCAAGCGGCGCGAGCUGGACGACAAGGUUGCGGACGAGAUCCAAGCCGUCCGCGAGCAGUUGGCGUCACUUCACGAGUCGUCGCACCGCCGGCGAAAGCGAUAAGAGACAAAGAAGGGU